GGGACGAUAGAUUGGCAUUUUUGCUUAUCGUAUAUGCCAAAACUAUGCAGUGCUGGAGGGUUUUCGAUGUAAGACUCUAAGCACAAUCAUCUCGAAUCAUGCCGCUCCAGAAGUCCUAUUCUGAGCGGAUUGGGCUUCCAAGACAACGCUCGCCCUGGCAGCGGUCUCACAGCCAUCCCAACAAUCUACAGCCAGCGAACCCGAAGAAUCCGAUUCCCAUAUCAGAAGCGACGAAGAAGAAGCUGAACAAAUUUCUGUACAAGGACUCGAACGAUGAGUCUGCAGCAGACAGGGGCGUGGAUGGGAGGGGCAAGGGUGCAGCGGCAGCGGCAUCUGCUUUGAACGAGCAAACACCCUCCCAUUUAAGAAUGAUUGGAAAUAGUGCCACUCCGGUGACUCGCUUGGAUUGGAGCGACCUCCUCGAGCCAUGCAGCCAAAUACCAGAGGAGGACACCACCAUCUCGCCAAACGACAAGCUGCUGUGGGACAACAAGCGGGAUCCCAAUGCAUUCGCCACCAUCUCGCCGAUGAUGCCCCGCAAGGGCAGGAAACGAGCCAGGAGCUCUUCGCCGAUCUCAUCGCCCUCUGCCGACAGAAUCGCUACGCCGACAGUUAACGUUAAGAAGCUUGCCAGAGCAUUGAAGUCGCCUCACCCCGAUCCGACGUUGGAGCUCUGGGACCGAUACUCGUUGAAUGGUCAUGGGGGGCAGUCUCCUGCGUCUGGUGCGGCGAAUCCGAUCUUGGCCCAAUUGAUGGUGUCUUCGUCUCCACGGCCAUCCAAGAACCAAGCUGCUCUGGUCGACCAGGAGAAUUUGCGUCGAGCUGCUAGCUGUGGCUUUCAGUGGCCCAAAAGGAGGAGGAUGGAGAAGUCGAAAUCGGGCAGCCAGGUCAGCGCCAGCCAACGAGAAUUGGAGGCAGCGUCCAAGUCCUCUCUUGUCACAGCGUUACUGGAUUCAGUUUCGAGUAGUAUGCAAAAGCAGAGCCAGGAAGACGAUACCGAAGUGGGGGGAAUGGACUCGCCGUCUCUUAAGAAGAGACAGAUUGCGCCCCAUAAUAACAACUCCCCGUCGAGAAAGUCAAAAGGCCGAUUGCCGAGCCCGAUUGUUUCGGACUACGGUGAUGACGAUGAUUUGGAUGAUGAGUUCUUGAUGCUUGAAGAAACUAUGCUGGCGUCUCAGGUAACCCAAGCUACUCAGGCAUCUCAGACAACGGAGAGUGUAGCACCGGCCGGGCAUGGCACGGAAAGAGCGGUCAAACAAGAGGGCAAAAAAAUGGACAAGAAACCUGCUUUGAACGACUUUGACGACUUUGACGACGAUGAUUUUGAUGAGGCAGACGACUUGCUGGCAAGUUUAGAACUAAAGACUCCGGCGUCAGGGAAAAGGACGACUUCAAAGACAAUGAAGACACCACUCAAGAAUAAAACUCCACAGAAACUGGCCGACCUGGAAGAUGAAUUCGGCGACGAUGCCUUUGACGGAGACGUCGACUUUGAAGCGGUAGAAUUCGCUGCGACCCAGGCGGCCCAACAGCAAGGCACUGCCUCAACAGCUAACAAGACAAAAAUCAAGACUAUUCAGCGGUAUUUAGUAACAAGUGUUUUAGACGGCGAAUACGUCGAUCAAUACAACCGUGUCUCUCCCGAAAAGAUCCUAUUGAUUCAAGCAGAUGGCUCGAAGAGUACCCGAACUGUACAGUUACGAGGCUCUUGGUAUGACACACCAGCGCAUUCUGAUGCCUACGUCCAUGUUAUCGGAGAGUUCUCGAGCAAGGGGCAGUGUGUUGUAGAUGAUGCCCAGAACCUGUUGAUUCUGCACCCUGAUCAGUUGGUAUCCGCAACAGUUGUUGCCGAUUCUUUUGGCUGCACGCGUCGAGCUGUGCUCCAAGAUCGAGUCAAGGCUACCAGCGAAGCUUCGCCUCCAUUAGUAUACGGAACGAUGCUUCACGAAAUCUUUCAGGAAGCAUUACUUGCUAACAGGUUUGAUCUCGGAUAUCUCUCUGAGUUGAUUGACAAAAAUAUUGAGAGACAUAUUGAAGACUUGUAUACGAUUAAGAUGGGCAUCGCGGCUGCCAAAGAACACCUGCAGUCCAAGAUGACGGAACUUAGCUACUGGGCCAAGAGCUUCGUGGCAUCCCAGCCUCAGGCCGACGCCAUUGUGGAAGGGAGAAAUGGCGACAAAGCCACCAUCGCUGUUAGAAAACUGCUUGACGUUGAGGAGCAUGUUUGGUCACCCAUGUAUGGGCUAAAGGGGAAUAUUGAUGCAACGGUGGAAGUCAUGAUGACGGAUGGCAAGCAGAGCCAAGUAUUGACAGUGCCGUUUGAAGUUAAGACAGGAAAGCAUGCCAACAGCAGCCACAUGGCGCAGACGGCUCUUUAUACCCUCCUAUUAUCGGAUCGUUACGACAUUGAUAUUACCCAUGGCAUUUUAUACUACAUGGAAACAUCUAAAACGAUGCGAAUCCCUGCAAUUCGACACGAGCUCCGGCACAUGAUAAUGCAGCGAAACCAACUGGCAUGCUACAUCCGAGAACGAAGUGUUCAGCUACCCCCAAUGUUGAAGAGCAAACACAUGUGUGGAAAAUGCUAUGCCAAAACUUCUUGUUUCAUCUAUCAUCGGCUAGCAGAUGAUGGAGACGGAGAAACUAGCGGCAUGAAUGAAAAAUUCAAUGAGGUUGUCAAGCAUCUGACGCAGGAACACCAAGAAUUCUUCAUUAAAUGGGAAAACUUAUUGACGAAGGAAGAGAAGGAGGGGCAGAAGACGAAAAGAGAGCUUUGGACGAUGACGAGCUCUGAGCGUGAGAAAAAGUCUCGGUGCUUUUCGGACGUCAUCAUUGAAGAAGGAUCUGCAUCGGUUGAUGAAGAUAAUCCUCGAAUUAAUCGAUUUCACUACACUUUCAUCAAGCGAGAGCCAAUGCCCGAUUUUACUUUUAUUGGAUCAGAAUUGACAGUUGGCGAGCCAAUCGUCGUGUCAGACGAAGAUGGGCAUUAUGCUUUGGCAAUUGGAUACAUCACUUCUGUUCGAAAGCAAAGGAUAAGCGUUGCAGUGGACCGGCGUCUACACAAUGCUCGGAUUCGGCAGCCCGGAUUUGACGAGCUCGAUAACCAAGUUUUUGCUAGCAUUAUGGAAGUUGCACACGAAGGAGCGUCGGUGGAACAAAGCCAAGGGAAGAUCAAGGAGCCACCUAUUCGAUACCGCCUGGAUCAAGAUGAGUUUAGUAAUGGCAUGGCCACUGUGAGAAACAACUUGAUUCAGAUGAUGGCUAAUGACGUGCCGGCUGCGGUACGAAUUCGCGAGCUUAUUGUCGAUUUGGAGCCACCUAGAUUUAAACCAGUGGCGACUCAAUACACAGUUACAGAUGGGGAGAGUUUGAACGUUGAUCAGCGGCGGGCUAUCGAAAAGGUCAUGAGUGCACAAGACUAUGCUCUGGUACUGGGAAUGCCUGGUACAGGCAAGACAACCACCAUUGCUCACAUCAUCAAGGCUUUGGUGUCACAGAAUAAAACAGUGCUGUUGACGUCCCAUACACACACGGCCGUUGACAACAUCCUUCUCAAGCUGAAAUCUGACAAAAUCCCUAUCCUACGUCUUGGAGCUCCAGCGAAGGUCCACCCUGAUGUUCAGCAUUUUGCACACCUCGCAGGACAACCAAAGAAGACUUUUGAGGAGAUAAAGGAAGCUUGGCACGGCACCCCGAUUACGUUUGUUCUGGUCGGAGACCACAACCAGCUUCCUCCGGUGGUGAAGAAUGAAGAAGCUAGACAGGGCGGCUUAGAUGUUAGCUUGUUUAAGCUCUUAUCAGACAGACACCCACAGUCUGUCGUCAACCUGGAACAUCAGUAUCGUAUGUGUGAAGACAUUAUGACUCUGAGCAAUACCCUCAUCUACAACGGCAGACUUCGUUGUGGAACAGAGCAGUUGCGCAAGAAGAAGCUUCACAUUCCCAACAUGGAGUCUUUAAGACAGCACCAUCACGACCCAACGACUAUUCAUCGAUCUGGAACAGCUCGCUCGUUUUGUACUGGCCCUGUGCCAUCACGAUGCUGGCUUUACGACCUCCUUGACGCUGAAGCUCGUGUUCGAUUUGUUGAUACGGAUACAAUUCGGCCCCUGGUUCGUGAAGAAGCUCAGGGAAAACGUAUCAUCAACCCGGCUGAAGGGCAAAUUGUCUCGCAGCUUGUUGAAAGCCUGCUCACGGUGGGCGUCCCUGCUACUGAAAUUGGUGUCAUGACACAUUAUCGUGCACAGCUCCAUCUUCUCAAAGAUAAACUCAAGCACUUUCCUGGCAUAGAGAUGCACACAACGGAUCGAUUUCAGGGACGAGACAAAGAAGUCAUUGUUCUGAGUCUGGUGCGAAGCAACGAGGCUUGCAAUAUCGGAGACUUGCUCAAAGAUUGGCGGCGUAUCAACGUGGCAUUCACUCGUGCCAAGACUAAGCUCCUAGUCGUGGGCAGCAUGAGCACUCUUAAAGGGAGCGGAGAGGAGACCAUGCUGAGCAAGUUUAUCUCUUUGAUGGAAGACCGCAGUUGGAUAUACCAUAUGCCGCAGAAUGCUCUCGAGAGCCAUUGUUUUGCAGAUCUGAGCACGCAGCUCACGGGGUUUACGCAGCGAACGCCUAGGAAAUCGCCCAAGAGGAUGCCGGCAAAGGCAAAUUCCACUUCUCACGCGGAUAAAGAGAACCAAAAGCCGUCGCCGAGAAGGGCGCGGAUGGGAGAGGGUAUGUUGCUCAAGGGAAAGCUAAUUACGCGAGAUAUCUUGAAUGAAAUGACCGACGGCGCAUAUUGA